UCACAGUUGAACAUGAGGCUAGAUCCCCAGAUUUUUCUAUGUCAGACCAAAGGGGACGUCUUAGAAUAGGAUGUUACAUCCAAGUCCUUUACAUAUGUUAAUGACAACUCCGAUCCGGGUGUGAUCGAGCAGGAUUGAGCCCUACGGUACCUACAACUCCUGACACUAGUCAUGAUGCAAAAGAUGGAUGUUUAGGCCACAGCGUAUCACAGGUCAUUUAUCGAAUGCUCAUUGAGUCGACUGUUGAUGCCAUCAACUUAAUACGUUUGCCGUCCAGCUUCUGGGAUUGGAUUCUCCAAGCUAGGCCUUCCGCAAUCUGUGACCCAGGGACGGUAUUGACGAGAUUCUCAUUGAUGUCCGCCUCCUACGCCUAGUAGAGAACUCAUAUCAUCCACCUGAAGCUAAUAUUCGCUCAAAUGGCGAAUUCAAAUCCCUCUGUCGCUACCUCAUACAAAAAGCAAGAUGGUUCGCUCAUCCUGUCAGCGGAUAGGAAGUCUAUCACCUGGACUCCAACGGCUCAGGGGGCCUCAAACGCGCCGAUUGUCCUAUCCGUAGCAGAGAUAUCAAACCUCCAGCAAACACCAGCCACAAGCGCCAAAGUCUCGACCAAAGUUGUCGUCCAGAAACCAAACCAAACUACCCCAGAGAACUUCGUCUUCACCUUUACAUCACCGAACGCCCGAAAUGAGCAAUCCACCAUAACCGAGUCCAUCCGCAAGGCGAUCGAGGCAAGCAAAUCACAAAACGGAGCCGGCGAUGGAGCCUCAACUGCUGCGGCUGGUCCACCAGGGGACGGGCAAUCAGGCGCGAUGGCUUUCGCCCAAACUGUGUCCAGUACACCUCGGACCGAUCCCCUUUACGACGAUGCGCGUCUUGCCACUGACGCCAACCUACAACGCUCCCUACUCCACGCGAACGCUCAGCUUCGGCAGCGAUUCAAUGAGUCGCUUGCCGAGAAGCCGGAAGGCAUUACAAUGUCGCAGUUCAGCGCACAAUUUUGGUCGACAAGGGUGCAUCUGCUACGAGCACAUGCCGUUGGAAAGAGCCAAUCCCAUGGCGUUUACAACGUACUAUCGGAAGUGAAGCCGAAGAAUGUGGACGGCACCGCGCGGUUGAACUUGAGCAAGGAGCAAAUCGUUCUGAUAUUCAAACAACAUCCGCUUGUAAAGCGAGUAUACGAUGAGAGCGUGCCGCCGAUGCAAGAGAAGGAUUUCUGGUCUCGAUUCUUCGUCAGCAGGCUAUGCAAAAAGCUCAGGGGGGAAAAAAUCACCGAGAUUGACUCCACCGACAAAGACCUAGACAAGUACUUGAACCAGGAUGAGUAUUCAACGCAGCGGAGGGACCUAGAACCUCAUGUGCCACACAUAAUCGAUCUAGAAGGCAAUGAGAACGACAUCACUCUGGAGAAAGGCAACCGACCGGAUUGGACCAUGCGUCCCCAAGACCACGAUCGAGUUCCCAUUCUUCGCGUGUUAAACCGAAUGAGCGAGAAGAUGAUGACGGAAGUUGCUCCAUCCGAUAACCUCUACGAUCCCGUCGGCAUGGACGAAGAGACGUUCAACCAACUCCGCUUGCGCGAUCUCGAUGCCAAUGGCGCCGACAACCGUAUCAUCCUCAACAUCAAAGACCAGCGCCGCUUCCUCGCCGCCGGGGUCUCCCAUGUCUCCAAAGAAGCUGCUCGCUUCGCCAAGAUGCAACCCCAACAGGUCGUCGACAACCUGCGUGCGGAGUUCGGCACCGAGCCCUUCGAUCUGAAUGCCGCGCUCAACGUACGCCCACAAAGCGACGAGGACUCGGAUGAGGAAGACGACCCACGCCCUUUAAAAGACCGCAUCGGCAGCCGAGCCGGCCGCACCGCCGCCACAAACGACAUGAUCGGGACGAUCCGCCAACGACGGAAUUACACCGACGUAUUACCCAGCGGUAUGGACAGCGCAAAUUUCGGCGCAGUCCCGCUCACAGACACCGGCCUGUCGCAGGAUAUCAUCGAUUCCCUCCUCAUCACGCAUAACACGACCAUCGAAUUCCUCCACUACUUCUGGGUGGUCUUCCACUCGGGCGAUGCAGACCGGGCCGGCGAGCUGCAGAAGCUCGUCGAGACGCUGGAUAAGAGCCUCGAUCGCAUCCAGAUGAUAGCCGAUCGGGCAGAGCAGGAGCGGGGGAGCCGGGUCGCGGCGCUGCAAAAGCAGGAGGAGGAGCGGAUGCGAAGGAAGGGGAGGAGGGGCCAGGUUAAUGUCGGUGCAAUCAAGGGAGGAGCGGCGGUUGUGAAUCAGUUGCUGGCACCGACGAAGAGGGCGAUUGAUGCGGCACGGGUGGAGUUUGAGGCAGCGUUGAGGACGCAGUUAAGUAAGGCGGUCGGAGACAGUGGUGAUCGUGAUACGCCGAUGACUGACCGAUGA